GGCCAGCUGUUCUUCAACUGCAUAUCCAUUAUAUUCAAGGCUGUGGGGAAGUCACAGCUGCUUUCAUGUAACAUCUCAACACCUCCAAAGUAAGAGAAAGAAGGACCUGGUUUCACUGGACUGUUUCCCCCGAAAGCCUAUUAAUUUGGCACUUUUCCUGUGCUUCAUCUGCAAGCUACCAAAAUGUCCAAGGUAGCAAGAUUCCGAAGUCAAGUCAGUGAGGAUCCAGAUAUUGACAACUUAUUGUCUACGCUCUCUGCUGAGGAGAUGGAAGAGCUAGAAAAAGAGCUGGAUGCCUCUGAUACAGAUGCAAACAUUCCUGUGGGGUUGCGGCAGAGAGACCAAACUAACAAACAACCAAGUGGCAAAUACAAUCGAGAGGCAAUGCUCCAUUAUUGUGAGAAGGAGAGCAAGAAAAUUCUUCAGAGGGAACAAUCAAUGGAUGAAGAGAAAGCAGCAGAGAUGAAGAAAGAUGUGAAGAUUCUUGAAGAAAAACGAAAGGAAACCCAUGGUAGAGAUCUGAAAAGAAGCAAAUCUUCUGAUCUCGGAAAAGAAGGGAAAAAAGAAGAAAAUGUCCAGAAAGCUAAUCAGAAAGGGAAGGAUGAACUGGACACUACUAAGAACACAGGGCCAGUCAAAGAAGAGAAGGAGGAAGGAAAGAAGUUACCCAAAGAGAAAUACAAAGCCAUCUCAGUGGACAACAAUGAAAUUAAAGGAAGAUGGGAAGAAAAGUCCCUGGCAGCCAAGAUCAAAGCAGUUGAGGAAAAAAGGAAAGAAGAAAAGGCAACAGAGCUAAAGAGGGGAACUGAAAAUGAGAAAAAGAGGGGGGAUAAAAAAGAACCCGAAAACACAGGAGCAAAGGGCUCAGCUUUAAAGUCAGGCUUAGACAGAAAGGGAGAAGACAAAAAGGAAUCUGAAAAAACGGGAGGAAAAGGUUCCACUUUAAAGUCAGACUUAGACAGAAAGGGAGAAGACAAAAAGGAAUCGGAGAGAAAUGGAGAGAAAAGUUCAGCUUUAAAGUCAGGCUUAAACAGAAAGGGGGAAGAUAAAAAGGAAUCUGAAAAAACGGGAGGAAAAGGUUCCGCUUUAAAGUCAGACUUAGACAGGCGGAGAGAAGACAAAAAGGAAUCGGAGAAAAAUGGAGAGAAAAGUUCAGCUUUAAAGCAAGGAUCAAAGGUUGGCAGUGAGGCAAAAUCCCCAACAGAUAGCAAAGGAACCUCUGAGGGCAAAACCUCAAUGUCAGGGCAAGAGAAAGGGACAACAGAGGCUCCUGAGAGCAGCCCCUCUAAACUGGCAGACGGCUCUUCCAGCCAGGACACAGAAGAGGAAGCCACCAGCAUGUUUGAUGAGCCCUUGGAGAAAGUGAAGAAUAACGACCCAGAGAUGAUAGAGAUCAAUGUCAAUAACUCCGACUGCAUCAACAACGAGAUCCUGGUGCGUUUUGCCGAGGCCUUGGAAUUCAACACCGUCGCCAAGGUCUUUGCUCUGGCCAACACACGUGCAGAUGACCAUGUUGCUUUUGCCAUUGCCAUCAUGCUAAAGGCCAACAAGACACUGACCAGCAUCAACCUGGAUUCCAAUCACAUCACAGGCAAAGGGAUCCUGGCCAUCUUCCGUGCGCUGCUGCAGAACAACACUCUGACCGAGCUCCGCUUUCACAACCAGAGGCAUAUCUGCGGAGGGAAGACAGAGAUGGAGAUAGCCACGCUGUUGAAGGAGAACACCACCCUCUUGAAGCUGGGCUACCACUUUGAGCUGGCAGGGCCCCGGAUGACCGUGACCAACCUGCUGAGCCGCAACAUGGAUAAGCAGCGGCAGAAGCGCCUGCAGGAGCAGAAGCAGGCUCAGGGGAAAGGGGAGAAGAAGGACUCCCUGGAGGUGCCAAAGGCAGGAGGCCUGCCAGCUGCUUCUUCACCUAAGGCCUCUCCGAAACCAUCCCCCAAAAUGUCCCCUAAAGUUUCCCCUAAGAAAGCCGGAGCCCCAGAAGCACCACCCCCACCUCCUCUGGCCCCUCCUCUGGCUCCUUUCCUGGCUCCUCCCCUGAUCAAUGAAAACUUACGGUUGUCACUCUCUCCGGCAUCUCAGAGGAAGAUGGUAGAAAAAGCUCUUCCUCCGCAAGAGAAGAACUCCAGAGACCAGCUUCUGGCAGCCAUUCGCUCCACCAAUGUCAAAAAACUGAAGAAGGUAGAGGUUCCCAAGAUACUGCAAUAGGGAGCGGAAUCCAGAUUUCCCUGGAAGAAUGAGAUUGCCAAGGCUGAAUCACCAUGUUUGUCUCUCAGGUGACUGUUUACACGAGAAGGACUCGGCAGGAGCAGGAAGCUGCCUUGCUCCAGUCCCAAAUGAGCAGUGUUCUCUAUGGGGUUCAACUGAAUUGGAUGGAAGGACUGAAGGAGCUGCCAAGGAGACGUUGUGUCAGGAAGAAGCAAUAUUUAUUUUUAGAGCUUUUCAAUCACGAAACUUUUUUCCCCUGUGAGAGGAGAGGUCUGCAGGCGCUCAGAGUGUUAUGUAGCUGGGUUAAUUGUCCAAUUACCACCCCACCCCCCUUUUUGGAGUUUUGAAAGGAAAGUGGGAAGUCUUGAAGAAGCCUAUAUUUGCAGCAUCCCUGCUUAUCUUAAGACAGCACGGCAAUCACUUGCCACUAGAAAUAUAUACACGAGUAAAGCCACAUUGGAGUAGCAGCACGGAAGAAUAAAAUGACCAGGCUCAUCUUCAGCACAAAAUGACUCCAAAAUUG